UCCGUGAUUCCGUGAUCCGCUGUCCCCAGGGGAGGUGAUCUCUGUCCCUCAUGCUCACAGCUUUUUCUCCCCUCUUCCAGUGACUCUUGAUGGAAGAACACGGAGUGACCCAGGCAGAGCACAUGGCUACCAUCGAGGCCCACGCCGUGGCCCAGCAGGUGCAGCAGGUGCACGUGGCCACCUACACAGAGCACAGCAUGCUGAGCGCCGACGAGGACUCGCCCUCCUCGCCCGAGGACACCUCCUACGACGACUCCGACAUCCUCAACUCCACGGCUGCCGACGAGGUCACCGCUCACCUGGCGGCUGCAGGCCCUGUGGGGAUGGCAGCAGCUGCUGCCGUGGCAACGGGGAAGAAACGGAAGAGACCUCACGUUUUUGAGUCCAACCCCUCCAUUCGGAAGAGGCAACAGACGCGUUUGCUCAGGAAGCUCCGGGCCACGCUGGAUGAGUACACCACCAGAGUGGGGCAGCAGGCCAUCGUCCUGUGCAUCUCACCCUCCAAACCCAACCCUGUCUUCAAAGUAUUCGGUGCUGCACCCUUGGAGAACGUGGUACGCAAGUACAAGAGCACCAUCCUGGAAGACCUGGAAUCGGCGCUGGCCGAGCACGCUCCGGCCCCUCAGGAGGUCAACUCGGAGCUGCCUCCCCUCACCAUCGAUGGCAUCCCUGUCUCCGUGGACAAGAUGACCCAGGCACAGCUGAGAGCCUUCAUCCCCGAGAUGCUGAAAUAUUCCACGGGUCGUGGCAAGCCAGGCUGGGGCAAGGAGAGCUGCAAGCCCAUCUGGUGGCCCGAGGACAUUCCGUGGGCCAACGUCCGCAGCGACGUCCGCACGGAGGAGCAGAAGCAGCGGGUCUCCUGGACCCAGGCCCUGCGGACCAUCGUGAAGAACUGCUACAAGCAGCACGGGCGCGAGGACCUGCUCUACGCCUUCGAGGACCAGCAGACCCCGCAGACCACCACCACGCACAGCAUCGCCCACCUGGUGCCCUCCCAGACCGUGGUACAAACCUUCAGCAACCCCGACGGCACCGUGUCCCUCAUCCAGGUUGGCACCGGUGCCACGGUGGCCACGCUGGCCGACGCCUCCGAGCUGCCCACCACGGUCACCGUGGCGCAAGUCAAUUAUUCUGCGGUGGCUGACGGAGAGGUGGAGCAGAACUGGGCGACGCUACAGGGUGGGGAGAUGACGAUCCAGACGACGCAGGCCUCCGAGGCCACGCAGGCGGUGGCCUCCUUAGCGGAGGCGGCGGUGGCGGCGUCGCAGGAGAUGCAGCAGGGAGCCACUGUCACCAUGGCACUCAACAGUGAAGCCGCUGCCCACGCCGUAGCCACGCUGGCCGAGGCCACCCUCCAAGGAGGGGGACAGAUUGUCCUUUCUGGGGAAACUGCAGCAGCGGUUGGGGCGCUCACUGGAGUCCAGGAUGCCAAUGGGAAGAUGGAGCCAAAUGAGUCGCUAGCAGCUUGGCAAAGUGCAGAUCAGCAUGUUUGCAUCCAGGAGGACAGGAAGGAAAGAGUCAAGCUUUUUGUAGGGCCUCCUCCCUGGUGGGAACAGAAUUUUUUUAUGAAGGUUUACCCUGAAACAGGCCUCGUGCAGAUCCCGGUGAGCAUGUACCAGACCGUGGUGACCAGCCUGGCCCAAGGCAACGGCCCCGUGCAGGUGGCGAUGGCGCCGGUGACCACGAGGAUAGCGGACACUGCCGUCACCAUGGACGGGCAGGCGGUGGAGGUGGUGACCUUGGAUCAGUGACGGAGCAGCGGCAUCACGGCGAUUCUCCUCGUCUCUUACGCGACUUCGUGGGUUUUUUUUACGCCUCUCCGGAGAUGCAAUCAGGUGGCAUUUGAGUCUCCCGGCUUUGGAAACAAAAGGUUUUGUUGACCUUUUUUUUCUGUUUUCUUUUCUUUUUUUUUUUUUUUUUUUUUUUUUUUU